ACAAAUUUUUUAAAACAAGUUAAAUGUAAAACAAUGUUUGGUCAUUCGAAAGAUACAGAAAUUUUAACAGAAUUGUAUCGAAAAAGUGAGGAAUUAAAAUUUAAUUUACCAGUAAAAAAUAUUAAAUCAACUGUUGCUCCAAAAACUAAAAAUCGUGAUAUUCGAGAAAUGUUUGGCAAAAGCGUACAGAGUCAACAAGAUAAAAAUGAUUUUUUAACACCACCGAAAACUGAUCCAAAAGCGGUUCAACAAACCCAAGAAACUGAAAAAAAUCCAAAUUCAUUAGCGAAAAAUAAUGCCAUAUACUUAAGUUUACUUUCCGAAUUCACAACGAAUAAAACAAUUGAAUUAUUAUUAGAGAAAACUUGUGGAAUUUGUGAUGAAUUAUUCGAUUGUAAAAAACUUACAGAAUAUUUAAAACUAGAUGAUACUCAAGAAAUUCAAUCGUUCACUGUACCAGAUGAGUCGAUUCUCGAUUGUCCAGUAACUCAAGCGGGUGAAAAUCUAUCAAAAAUACAUGAAAACUCUUUCAAUACAUCAAACAUGUGUAAUAUUUCAUUUAAAUCAGAUUUUGAUUCAUUUAUUCAAAAUUCGAAAACAUCUGCUCAAAAUCGAAGUAUGGUCAAGGAAAUGGACAAAAGCAUGCACUUAACUUUUGAGGAUGAUUUUCAAGUCUCCAGAUUAAAAAUGAAUAAAAGUAUGAAUCAUGUUUCAAAAACAUCUGUUCAAAAUCAAAGCAUGGGAAAUGGUGCUGAAAAAAGUAUUAACUCAAUUUUUGGGGAUAGUUUUAACGUCUCCGAAUUACAAAAGGAUAAAAAUAUGGAUAAUUCUUCGAAAUUUGAUCAAGAUUUUAAUGUAUCCGAAUUAUAUUACGAAAAAAAAGAUGAAAAAGCAAUUUAUGAACUUAUGGAAGAUUCAUUUCAAAAUUCAAAAAGUUUGAUUGAAAAUAAAACAUUUGAAGAAUAUUCGAAUACAAAAAGUAAAAUUUCGAAUGUGAGUGUUUAUCAACCAGAUGAAAUUUCAAAACAAGCUUUAAAAUUUUUUGGUUUAAAUUCAAUUGAAAACUUAUUUGAUGAUGAAGUGAGGUUAGAACAGGAUUUACCGCCAAAAUUCAACAUACCUAAACUACCAAAACAAAAGAUUGAUAAUGAAAUGAGGUUAGAACAGAAUUUACCGGCAACAAAACAAAUGAAUGUCAAAAAUAAAAGUAUGGAAAAUGAUAAAAAAAUUGAAGACUAUCCAGUUUCUCCAGUGUUAAACAGUCAAAAAAGAUUUUCAUCACAAACAAUGACUCAAUCAUCAUCAUUUUUCCCGAAAAAAACCAAUUUUGAAUUAUGGGAUGAAAGUUUAUUUAUUGAUGAUUCUGAAAUCGAAGAUCAUUCAGAAAAUCAACAAUUAUCACCUGUUUUAAAUACACAACCAUCUUUUCGCGGUGAAUCACAAUCUUUCGUACAAAAAUCACCAAUUUUGAAUUCACAAUCACAAACAAAAAUUCGUUCGCAAAAAAUAUCACCGAUUUUAAGUUCACAAUCGCAAACGAAAACUCGUGCACAAGAAAUAUCACCGAUUUUAAAUUCACAACGUCAUAGAAAUAGUGAUUCGCAAAUUCCAGUAUCAAAAUUAUCACCGAUUUUAAGUUCACAACGAUCAAAAUCAAUAAAUACACCGUCAAUUUCGAAUAUUAAUUUAGAUUAUUUAAGUGACGAAGAUAUAUUUGCUGAUGAACCGAUCGAAGAUGAUUUAUUUUUUACCGCACCGUCUGCUAUCGAUGACAAAUUACCGACUCCAAAACAAAUGUCACCGAUUAAUUCGUUUUGUACAGCAAGCGAAAAUAAAAAUUCCCAGAUUUCCCAGAAAGAAAAUACUGUAAAAAGCAUGCCGCCUGUUGUGAAUAAAUUCAAUCAAUUUCGUAAAUGUAUAGUAAAUGAAAAUGAGAACAUAAAUUCGAGUUCCCAGAAAGAAAAUGUUAUAAAUAAUGUGCCAUCUGUUUCAAACAAAUUGAAUCAAUUUCGUAAUAAUUGUGCAACAAGUGAAAGUUCAAACACAAAUUCGAGUUCACAGAAAGAAAAUAUUGUAAAUAAUGGAUCGUCUUUUUCGGAUAAAUUGAACCAUUUUCGUAAUAAUGGUACAGUUAGUGAAAAAAUGAACACAAAUUCGAGUUCUCAGAAAGAAAAUGUUAUGAAUAAUGGAUCUUCUGUUUCAAAUAAAUUAAAUCAAUUUCGUAAUAAUUAUGCAGCAAGUGAAAAUGUAAAUAUAAAUUCGAAUUCCCAGAAAGGAAAUAUUGUAAAUAAUGGAUCGUCUUUUUCGAAUAAAUUGAAUCAAUUUCGUGGUAAUAAAUUAAAUAUGUUCCAGUUAAAACGUAAUUUAAAUGAAGUAAAUUCGAAUAUUGUAAAUAAUUCUCCAAAUAUUAAUUUCACUAGUAAAGCAUCAACUUCAUACAAGCCUGAAUCGGAUUCUGACGAUGCAUCAUUAUUAGAUUUUGUUACACGACCAUCUCGAAAAAAAUUGAAAUUAGGAUUAAAUAAAAAUAAUACCUCGUCGAAUACAAUUACAAUUUCGGACGAAUCAAUUGAGGAUAAAUCAGUCGAUUCCUCGAAAUCAAAGUUGAAAGAAAGUAUUGUAAUUUCGGAUGAAUCAAUCGAAAAUCUUGACGAGGAUCAUGAUAAAUCAAUCGAUUUAUCUGUAUUUAGUUUUGUUAAUCGAAAAAAAGUACUUAGACAAACGAACGAUGAUAACAAGUCUUUAAUGGGCUAUGAACAGCAUAAAAAUAGUGGACAGCAAUUUCGAAAAACUAAAAAGAAGAAAAAACGAUCUGAAUUUAUUGAUUAUGAAGCUGAAGUAUCUGAUGAUGAAGAAAAUAGUUCCGACGAAGAUGUUGAUAGUGACUUUGAAUCGAGCUUUGUCGUCGAUAACCAGACAUUAACACAAACCAAUGUUGAUAUGCAAGCAUUGUAUUUACAGUCUGUCAAAAAUAAUUCACAAAAUGGAAAAUUUAAAAUACCGAAUUUACCCUCUGUAAAAAUGGAUGAAAUUUGUUCACAAGCUGAUUGGAAUCAAGCUGAAAGUAAUUAUGUUCUUGAUUCAUUUGUUGUUGAUAAUACAAUUGUAAUGAAUGAAGAAUUAUCAUUAUUAGAAAUAGCUGAAAUGGAGUUAGAGAAACGGAAACGUAGAAAACGGAAAAAUAAUUCAACUACGAGAAAAGCAUCACGUAUUAGAAAGUUAUCAGAUGAUAGCAGCGACGAUGAAGAUUUAAAACGUUUGCGACUUGAAUGUUUGAAUAAUCAAUCUGUUUUAAGAUAGUCGGUUAAUCCCCUCUUCUACAGCGAAAGGGAAUUACAGGAUCAGUUAUGACAAUUUUACAUUUAUUUUUCUAUCAAAAUAUCGUUGUUUUUCCAUCAAGCUAUUGUAAAUUCGUUGCCUGUUCACUAUCUGUUUAUAUUACGCAAAAACUUUGAAGAUAUUGAGCGGCGUUUUCAUACCAAUUUAGUGAUCAUUUUAUGCGAUAUUAAAGACAGUGCGGCACAAAAAGUCACUAAAAUUUGAAAUAAGAGAAAUUGUCUAGGUCUGUUACCUCUCAAGCAGCAUAUGCAACAAGUAAAAUAACCAUGUAAAUUUUAUGCACUUAUCUACUCGCUUCGUGUCUUUCGUAAGUGGCUUUUUUAAUUUAGCUAAAAUAGCUCAGUGAUCAUCUUAAGGUAUGUUUACUGACAAUAUAAUCACAGAAGAGUUGGAAAAUAUUUUCUACUUGCCAGAUCAUACAGAUUCAAAAUUGUCUUGCGCAGCUGGUAAACAGUUAAAAAAAAUGUACCUUUUAAAUGAAUAUCAGAAAAUGUUCUAUUAUUCGGAUAAUAUUAUGUGCUCAUAUUUAGAUACUCGGUAUAUACUGUAAAUGAUAUAAUAAAUUAUGUUUUUGUACUGUUUUUACCUAUAAAACAUUCGUAAUGAAAAUUGUUUUUUACCUAGAUUUCUUAAUUCAUUUUGUAAAUACAUUUUUUCUUUUAAAAUAAUUUUUUUUUAGUUUAACAGAGACCAUUUUUACAGUGAAGAAAAUCAAUCGAAUCAAUAUUUACAGCCGUAAUCUUUUUUAUUUUAAAAUUAAUCAAUAAGUAUUUUAUUAAUGACGUAAAGCGGUAUUCAGCCCGGAAAAUGAUCCGCGACAAUGAUUCUGAUGCACUUCUCACGCUUACGGUUAACUUCGAAAAAAUAACGAUUUGACAGUUAAUUUUUUUAGGACUGACAUACUAUUAAACAAAAGUUUAUGAAGAUUAGAUUCCCGAUUAGCGAUUAGAUUUUAAAAAAAAAGUUUAAACGUUACAUUUUGAA